AUGGGGAAUCUAGAUCAUUUCGUACGUACCGCAAGCCGGAUCCUGCCCACCAGGCACACGCUUCUCGGCGCGAAAGAUGAAGUCCUCCAUCUCCUGGCUCGCCUGUUCCCUCUGCACGCUGCGGCGUGGAACGUGGCGCACCGCGCAAUAAGCGAGAUGGUGAAUGCCUCCACCACCGAACAACAAGCGCAGCUUAUCAAAUCGUGGAGGGACUCGACAAUAUCGCAGCUGUCCCAAGUCGGAUUCAUAGGCGCCGUAAUGACAGCCGCGGUGGUCGGCUCCUUUGAAUGGUCGGCACUCUCCACCAUCCCCACGGUCCCGCUGACGAUGAUCCGCAUCGCGUGGUACAAUAGCCUCGUCCUCGCCGUGACGGCCGUGACGCUGGCAAUGCAGCAGAGUGUGUUUCUGAUCCGCGUCGGGUGCACCUCGAAAUCGGACGCCAUCAUCAGAGACCUCCUUAGUUACCCCGCCGCCCCAGGACGCGGCCUCGGCGGACCGCAGCGGAUCCCGCGAUGGGACCAGGUCCUUAUCUGGCAAACUGCCGUGGGCCUCUUGGAAUGGAGCAUCUACUUCUGGAUGGGCGGGUAUCUCGUCUUCAUUUGGGACCUUACGCGUGUAUCCCGCGGGGGGCAGACGGUCGCGGAUCGGGUGGUGCGUACGCCGUUUUUUACCUCGUGUGAUGGACCAUGGGUUGGUCGUGUUGGAUAUACCAUGGGCUGA